AUGGUAUCCUGUCUGAGAACCAUUGGAGUCAUCACCAAACUGGAUCUCAUGGAUGAAGGAACAGAUGCCAGGGAUGUUCUAGAGAAUAAGCUGCUGCCACUUCGCAGGGGUUACGUGGGGGUGGUAAACAGGAGCCAGAAGGACAUAGAUGGGAAGAAGGACAUAAAGGCUGCCAUGUUGGCAGAAAGGAAAUUUUUUCUCUCACACCCGGCUUACAGACAUAUUGCUGAUCGGAUGGGGACCCCACACCUUCAGAAGGUCCUUAAUCAGCAACUUACCAACCACAUUCGAGACACCCUGCCCAACUUCAGGAACAAACUACAGGGCCAGUUGCUGUCCAUAGAACAUGAAGUAGAAGCCUACAAAAACUUCAAGCCAGAGGACCCAACCCGGAAGACCAAAGCAUUGCUGCAGAUGGUUCAACAAUUUGCUGUGGAUUUUGAGAAGAGAAUUGAAGGGUCAGGGGAUCAAGUAGACACCUUGGAGCUCUCAGGGGGUGCUAAAAUCAAUCGUAUAUUCCACGAACGCUUUCCUUUUGAGAUAGUAAAGAUGGAGUUCAAUGAGAAAGAAUUGCGAAGAGAAAUAAGCUAUGCAAUCAAAAACAUACAUGGUAUCAGGACAGGGUUGUUUACUCCAGACAUGGCAUUUGAAGCAAUUGUCAAAAAACAAAUUGUAAAGCUGAAGGGGCCUUCCUUGAAGAGUGUAGAUCUGGUAAUACAAGAAUUAAUCAACACUGUCAAGAAGUGUACCAAAAAGCUGGCAAACUUCCCCAGACUCUGUGAGGAAACGGAAAGGAUUGUUGCUAACCAUAUUCGUGAGCGAGAAGGGAAGACAAAGGACCAGGUGCUGCUGUUGAUCGACAUCCAAGUCUCCUACAUCAACACCAACCAUGAAGAUUUCAUUGGCUUUGCAAAUGCUCAGCAGAGAAGCAGUCAGGUUCACAAGAAAAACACAAUUGGAAAUCAGGGAACCAAUCUUCCGCCUUCAAGGCAAAUUGUGAUUCGCAAGGGAUGGCUAACCAUCAGCAACAUUGGCAUCAUGAAAGGAGGCUCUAAGGGAUACUGGUUUGUCCUUACUGCUGAGAGUUUGUCCUGGUACAAAGAUGAUGAGGAAAAAGAAAAGAAGUAUAUGCUUCCCUUGGACAACCUGAAAGUUCGGGAUGUGGAAAAAAGCUUUAUGUCUAGCAAGCACAUCUUUGCACUCUUUAAUACAGAACAAAGGAAUGUAUACAAAGACUACCGCUUCCUUGAGCUGGCAUGUGAUUCGCAGGAGGAUGUAGACAGCUGGAAGGCAUCUCUACUGAGAGCUGGAGUUUAUCCUGAUAAAUCUUUAGGGAACAACAAAACUGAAAAUGAUGAGAAUGGCCAAGCAGAAAACUUUUCUAUGGACCCACAAUUGGAGAGACAAGUGGAGACUAUUCGCAACCUUGUAGACUCCUAUAUGUCUAUUAUCAACAAAUGUAUCCGAGACCUAAUCCCCAAAACAAUAAUGCACCUUAUGAUCAAUAAUGUUAAAGAUUUCAUAAAUUCCGAGCUCCUAGCGCAGUUAUAUUCUUCAGAGGACCAAAAUACCCUGAUGGAGGAAUCUGCGGAGCAGGCUCAGCGCCGGGACGAGAUGCUUCGAAUGUACCAGGCCCUUAAAGAAGCCCUCGUGGUCAUCGGUGAUAUCAACACAGCCACGACAUUCACACCCGCACCACCACCCGUGGACGACUCCUGGAUCCAGCAUUCCCGCAGGUCCCCCCCUCCAAGCCCCACCACCCAGAGGAGGCCGACGCUGAGUGCACCCCUCCCGCGACCCACGUCCGGCCGGGGACCCGCACCCGCCAUCCCCUCCCCGGGACCCCACUCAGGGGCGCCGCCAGUACCUUUCCGGCCCGGCCCAUUACCUCCUUUCCCCAACAGCAGUGACUCGUUCGGGGCGCCUCCGCAGGUUCCGUCUCGGCCCACUAGGGCCCCUCCCAGCGUCCCGAGGCAGUUACGAUCAGAUGGCAUGUUUUUCAAUGACUUCAGAGAUUCAUGGCACAGCAUGAUCCAUGGCUCUUUCACCUCUAAAUUUUCUGUAAGCAGCCAGCUCCAAGAAUGAGCUGCUGGACGCUUCUUCCUCCCUCUGAUUUAUCAGUUACAAGGAAAAAAUCAGAAGUGAAAUUUAGCUUACUAGAGCCCCUUCUGCCAAUAAAUAGCCAGGAAAUUAAACAUGAAAAUGUAAAUGCUGCAUUUUUCACUCGGAAUAUGCAUUAUAUGCCUAUCUCCAGUUGUAUGAGAGAGGAACUGAAAAUUUAACUGAGAGUUUGAUGGCUGUUGUCUACUUGUCAUAAUUUUUAUUACUGCUUAAAUAUAGAAUUUUUAAAUGCCGGACAUUGAAACCCUGAGCUUACUGUAGCCAACAUCUUGUAACCAUUGUCUAGGGGAACCUCUGAAUCUAAACACAUAUUUACACCCUUUAGUUGCCAAAUGAAAUCCAUCUGGCUUACUUUAUGCUAUUUCCAAAAGAAUAUUACACUUUUAGUCUGGCCAGUAUUUUUAAAUGUAGGAGAGGAGGUGGGGGGUGGGGGGCGUGUUGGAAAGGCCCUGGGUUUGUUAAUCUGCCUGUGUACUGAUGCCACAUUACCAGUAUUUAGAUGAAGUUUAAGCUCAUGUGGCAACUUUGACCAGAAAUAGAAUUCCUGCAGAGGGCAGUGUCGAAAGCCCCAGGCAGGCUCAUUAUGGCAUCAUACUUUCUUUUCUUUCUGGCUACUUUUCAGGCAUCAGAGCCACACGGUAGGCAAAUCCACAAAGAACGAGUGCUCUAAUUUCUGAAAUUAUUUUUUAACCAUUCCCAUAAACACAAGGAACUGUCCACUCCUGUUUUCCAGCCAAAAUUAUCAGCUCACAUGAAUUGUAGAAAGAACACAUUCCAUCCAAGGACCAGAGGGAAAGAUGCUUAAUCAAAAUGGUAAAUGGCAAAAUUCUCAGUUGCUCAUGGUCAAUGACAAGGCCAGGCCUUCUUGAUUUUAAUUGCUCAGACACAUGAAGACUUCAUAAAGUCAGCAUUUUCCCCCAUUGAGAUUAAACACUGAAAAACGGGAUAAUACUGUUCUUGCUGCUGUUAUGAGAACCCAGUAAAUGUGUAAGUUAAUAUAAAAUUUAGAAGUAAACUUUAUCCUUUUUCUGCUUUUGUUUUGUUUUUGAGAAAGAAAGAAUAAGGGAAAGACUAGAUAACCACCAACUAGAUAUAUCACCACAAGUGAAUCCCCAAGUGUCAGUGGCAAUUUUGAAACCCAAGAGAAAGGAGACCUCAGGUGGCUCUGAAUAUGAUUUGAAAAAUAAUCUUAUUUUACAAUCAAAUAUGCCAGUUGCCUCCACCAUGUAAAUAGAUACCUGUAUUAGGUUUCAGAUUUUCAUGAGCAGCUUUAUCUACAUUUCAGUAUAUUUUACAUUCAUCUAGCAUGAGACUUUUUAUGAUAAAAGGAGAUGGGAAAGCCUUUUUUAAAGAUAUUUUGCAGCCCAGAGAAUCUAAAAUGGAAUUAUUCCACUUGGAAAUGGAUAAUUAUGUAAGGUAUAUUCUGUACCAUGUGCAUUUUUAAACUUUAUAUUAGGAUUGCUUUUGAAGCCAAUUUUAAGAGUGAAUGCAGUUUUUCCCCUCAAAUAAAUCUCCUCCUAGUCUCGUGCUCAAGUGUUUUCGCCAGAAAGUCUGCACUCUGCUUUGCCUUUUAGACCACCAUUCAUGGAGUAAAGCUAUAAAAAUGAGGAAAACGUCUACUUAUUUCUAAAAGAACUAGAAUUUCUUUUUACUUCUUAACAGUAUUGGAAAGUAUUUUAAUAACUAAAAUAAUAAAACUUCAUGUGAGGCCAA